CACACACACACACACACACACACACACACACACACACACACACACACACACACACCAAUUAAAAUAUAAAAUAAUGCUGAUAGCGUGGACUAGAAGACAGGUGAUGGUUUACGUAUUUAAAUGAUGAUCAGGCUGCUGUAAAAUGUAAUCUCCAUCCACAUCCAGACACAAUUAUCCUCUAUUAUUUCUCUAGUUGCUCUGCUCUUGUCUGGGCUGAUCAGCUGAUGGUGCGCGCGCGCCUAACUAGCGGCUGAUGCACAUUUUACGCAUUUGGAGAGGUGGACUGGAUGCUUUGCGUUUACUGGAAGAUGGUCCACUUAACGCACGGGUGUAGACUACAUAUUAAUGACAAAUGAACGAAAAUUAAAUUGUGAGUUUUUACUUCAUAUUUUAGUAAUAAAAAUGACGGGGGAACACAUUUAUGACGUCUUUUUAAACGAAAUUUUCUAGCGCGACCUGCCUGCUUCACUUAAGUCACUGCUUAUUAAGGUCUGUCCAAAAUUACCGUGGGAAACGGGUAAUAAUGGUUCUUUGAUGGGAACAGGUUGCCGACCCCUGGAUAAGAUCUGAGCUGGUAAAACAAAAAUCCUCAUCAGCAGGCGUUUUUGAAAGUGGGGGGGACACAGCUGCCAAUCACAAAUUUUGCCGGAGACAUGUCCCCGGCGUCCCCGGUUAAAAUGACGCCUAUGCUCACUUCGAAAAAUAACCAGCGGUAUUUAGGAAGUUUAGGAAGAGUAGUCCCUAUAUGUUGACGUUUAAAUCACACCCUUCUUUUUCAGAACUAACUCCUAAAUCCUCCUUUGACUCCUUCUGACUUCCUGUUGCAGGAAACCUCGUACUUUAUGUUUUAUUUGGUCAUUUUCUUUACCCAGUUGUGUGAUCCGUGUAGUGGACAGUCUACAGACUAAUCAGUCUUGCCCUUCUCUUAGUAAUGAUUUAAAUAAAGGAGAGAAAUGUCAGCACAAACCUGAAAAAUUGCUUCUAAGAAAGGAAAAGACACGUUUCAUCCUCACAUUCUUCCUGUCUUAGUCUAAAGCAUUUAGAAGUUAUCUGUUACACAAUUAGAACAUGUAUGUAGUCCAAACACACUUCAGCAUCAAAGUGUGGUAUUUUUCCCACCAGAAUGUAUCUGUUUUAAAUAAACACCGACUGUACCUCUACUGCCGUUCCUGAUUCUGAGUUGCUUUCCAACAUGAAAUGUAGAUCUAGCAGUUUUAGAAGAAAAAUCUGUCAUUUAGGUGUUUGAUGUUUAAUACCCACAAUGUGCAACAUGAACCACACCACACAAGAAAAUUGGGAUUAUUUUAGUUUUUCAUGGUCAUAAAGUAAUUUUCAAUUGUUUUCAGGUAACACAACUUUUGCUGUACCUUUGAGAGGCACUUACACUUCAGUGUGUCUUUGGUAAAGUCCCUACAACUCAAGGACACUGAGCGCAAGCAUGCAUAUGUGUGUGCUUGCGUGCAGUGGAGUGGUGCAUAUUUAAGUUUGAGCAGACCUGCUGGAGUUCACUUACAGCUAUGACUUUCUACAAGGUGACCAGUGUGGUGGUGCUGCUGGUGACCCUCCUAACCAAAGUGAAAGGUCACGGAGUUCCCAGCACCAGGACUACUGGAGGAACAACAGCACCCAUCAACAAAUGGCCCUGGAUGGUCAGUCUUCACAACUCCAGUCAUCUUUGUGGAGGAUCCCUGAUUAAUGAUCUGUGGGUGUUGACUUCUGCUCACUGCGUUUCAAGUUUUAACAUCACCCAAGAUAUUCUGACAGUUUAUCUGGGCCGUGAGAGACAGCAGGGACCCAAUCCAAAUGAAGUCAAACGAACAGUGGAGGAGAUCAUCAUCCACCAGGACUACGACUCUGUAACUGGCAACAGCAACAUUGCUCUUCUGAUGCUCUCUGCACCAGUGAACUUCACCAGUUACAUUGCACCUGUUGUCCUGGCAGACUCAAACAGCACCUUCUACACUGGUAUAAAUGCCACAGUCACCUGUUGGGGCAACACAGAAAUAAGUGGGUCGCUAUCUGAAAACCUAGUGGAGUUUGAAGUGGCAGUUGUGGGAAGCCAGCAGUGUAAGUGUAGCUGUGGAGAGAGCAACAUCACUCACAACAUGAUGUGUGCUGGUUUCCUUGAGGGAGGGGAAGGUUUCUGUAAUGGGAAUGGAGGAGACCCACUGGUGAGCGAUCUGCACGGUGUUUGGGUUCAGGCAGGAAUCGCAAGUUUUGGAGAAGGUUGUGCUGCAUCGAAUUUCACAGCAGUCUACACCAGAGUGUCCCAGUACCAGAGCUGGAUCAGCAACCACACCGUCAGUCACCAUCCAAGUUUCAUCACCUUCACGUCCAACGGGACCGACGACGACCUCAGUGUUUCCUGUGUAGCCCCAACCAACACAAGCCCUAAUGCUGAACCUGUGUUCUGUGGACAAGCCCCUCUAAACGCUGGUAUUUGGGAAGGUUCGGAGGCAACAGAUGGUUUGUGGCCGUGGAUGGUGAGUCUGCAAAAGAAUGGACAGCUUGUGUGUGGUGGGACACUGGUGUCCUUGGAUUCUGUCCUAAGCGACGCCAAUUGUUUCACAAGCUUCCCCAAUGCAUCUGAGUGGACGGUCGUGUUCGGUCGUCUGAAGCAGAACGGUUCAAGCCCCAACGAAGCAUCUUUUCAAGUGUCAAAUAUCAGUCUGAGCAACCUUACAGGGUCCAACAUCGCUCUGCUGAAGCUGUCGAGCCGACCCACCCUGAGUGACUACAUCCAGCCCAUCUGUCUGGAUGAUGGUCGGACCUCAUUCGAGGGAUCAAAAUGCUGGGUUGCUGAAUGGAGAUCUGGACAAGGAGCUGAGGCAGUCCUCCAGGAGUUUAGUGCUGCAGUGCAAAAAUGUGGGGAUGCAUCUCCACGCGACAUCAUCUGUACAGAACAGUUUACAGAGGACCAGAGCGGCUCUGGUGGUCCACUCAUGUGCGUGUUGGACAGGUCUUGGUUCCAGGUGGCUGUGCUGAGAUCACCUCUAAGUGCUAGCUCUGAAAGAAGAAAACGAGCAGCAAACCACAUCUUUGACAAACUGAGUCGUUUUAAUGAAUUCCUGUCAGAUAAACUGGGACCGUUCCUGACUCCACACUCUACAAACACAACUGCAGCCUCCACCGUCACACCAUCAGCAUCAUCCACCCUCGGCAACACCGCAACCUCCCCACAUGCAACCACCGGCAUGAUAGGCAGUGGGGGCACACGUUCGCAUUCCCCCUUCUUCCUCCUCAUCCAUCUUCUUGCCCUUGUUGUAUUUCUUUGAGCCUUUUCAUAGAGGUCUUAUGUUGACUCAUUUUCAAGAUGUGAAAUGCACUAUUGAAUGCAAACAGGCACUGACAGUUCUCCUGACCUUUAAACAGCAAACUUCGUGUCUCUAUUUUGGUGAAAUCCGUCCAGAUCCAAGGCAUCCUGUUUUUCUGUCCACCUUUCUUUUAUCUGUAUUUCAUCUUUAUUGAAUGUUAAAUUUUAACCAGAUGACUCAGGAUCAGGUCUGAUGGGGGUAUGAGCAGGAACUAAUGAAUGAAGUUGGUUAGGGGAGGUUAAUCAGGCAUUCUGGGUGUCUAAAUGGGUUUAAAUCAUUUGUAUUUUUUCAAAUUAAGAAUGAUUGUGUUUAUUGCCCCUCCCUAAUAUUACUAGCUGAUUUCUUUCUUUCUUUAUUUUUUUUACAUAUUUCUGAUUGAUGUUAUAUUUUGGUUUUAACUGAGAAUAAAAAUUUGAAAAUAGGCAAACUGUCAAAGUUAAAUAAAAUGUACGCACUUAAAAACGUCCAUUGCUGUUGUUAGUAGACAAUAUUUAAAAGUAAUGAAAUUAGCUUAAUCUGCCUUCCAUAUCUGUAAUGUAACAUCAAAAUAGUUGAAAUGACAUUUUUCUUUGAAAAAAACUACAUUUUAAUAAGCUUCAGGUGUUUUGAGAGGUUUGAAAUGCUCACAUACAGGUGCUGGUCAUACAAUUAGACUAUCAUGACAAGGUUGAUUUAUUUCAGUAAAAGUAAAACUGAAACUUGCAGAUUCAUUUCAAAUGUUUGUUUCGUUAAUUUUGAUGAUUAUAACUGACAACUACUGAAAAUCUCAAAUUCAGUAUCUCUGAAUAUUAGAAUUUAAUUUAAGACCAAUGCAAAAAAGGAUUUUUAGAAAUGUUGAACAUGUACGAAUAUGAAAAGUAUGAGCAUGUACAACACUCAGCAUUUAGUAGGGGCUCCUUUGGCCUGGCUGGAUUACUGCAGCAAUGCGGCGUGGCAUGGACCGGUCUGUGGCACUGCUCGGAUGUCAAGAGCCCAUGUUGCUCUGAUUGUGGCCUUCAGCUCUUCUGAAUUGUUGGGUCUGGCGUAUUGCAUCUCCCUCUUUACAGUACCAUAGAUUGUCUACGGGGUUAAGGUCAGGCAAGUUUGCAAGUCAAUCAAGAACAGGGAUACCAUGGUCCUUAAACCAGGUACUGGUAGCUUUGACACUGUGUGCAGGUGCCAAGUCCCAUUGGAAAAUGAAAUCUGCAUCUCCAUAAAGUUGGUCAGCAGCAGGAAGCAUGAAGUGGUCUAAGACUUCUUGGUAGACGGCUGCGUUGACCCUUGGACCUCAGAAAACACAAUGGACCAACACCAGCAGAUGACAUGGCACCCCAAACCAUCACUGACUGUGGAAACCUUACACUGGACGUCAAGUAACAUGGAUAAUGUGCCUCACCUCUGUUCCUCCAGACUCUGGGACCUUGGUUUCCAAAGGAACCAAUGUCCUGCAAACAUCUGUGCAUGGUGGUUCUUGAAGCACGUACUCCAGCUGCAGUCCACUCUUUGUGAAUCUCAGUUGGGCUAUUCUUGAAAUAGCCAUGCUCUUGGUUUAGUUCUGAAAGUACACUGAACAAAUACAUAAACACAACACUUUUGUUUUUGCUCCCAUUUAUCAUGAGCUGAUCUCAGAUAUCUGAAAUAGUUUCUAUAUUUACAAAAGACCCAUUACUCUCACAUGUUGUUCACAAAUGUGUCUUUAUCUGUGGUAGCGAGCACCUGUGAAGUGGGAUGGAUUCUCUGAGCAAAGGAGAAGUGCUCACAAACCUGUAGUUCUCAUUGUCAUUCAUUUUACAGAUUCUUUGAUACGUGCAGUGAUUACGAAGAAAAAAGUUCCAUAAAUCUGUUCAUUUUGAAAAAUUCAAAAUCUGAGUUUUAAUUACUUAAAAAAGUUCCUUGGUUGUUAGGUUCUAUCUGAAGGCUGCACAGUGAUGCAGUGGUUAGCAUUGCUGCUUUGUAGUAAGAAGGUCAUGAGUUCAAAUCCUUGUCUAGGGUCUUCUGCGUGGAGUUUUCAUGUUCUCUCUGUGGAUGCUUGGGUCUUCUCCAGGUACUCCAGCUUUCUCCCACAGUCGAAAAACAUGACUGUCUGGUUGAUUGGUCUCUCUAAAUUAUCCUUAGGUUUGUGUGCAUAUUGUUGUUUGUCCAAUGUGUCUCUGUGUCCCUGGGAUGGAGUGUUACCUAUUUCCCAAAGACCGCUGGAGAUAAGAACCAGACACCC